AUGUGGCAGGAGAUUUGGCUUGAAAGCUGGUCUAUAGAGUCCAACGUUUUACUCUCGAAGACGAUUCUUCAGUUUUCGCUGAGCCUGGUCUUAAUCCAGGGAUAUUACGUGCAGUCAGUGAUGCAGAACGCAUUCUGUUCUAAGGAUGUGGGUGCCUCCCUGUUUGCCAGUAAUAUCGGAUCUGGCCACUUCGUGGGUCUGGCUGGGUCAGGAGCCGCCACUGGUAUCGGCAUUGCCGUGUUUGAGUUGAACGUGUUCACCAUGCCCGAGUACCUGAGGAAGAGAUUCGGAGGUCAGAGAAUCAGGAUCUACCUGUCCGUGCUGGCUCUUAUUCUCUACGUGUUUACCAAGAUCUCUGUGAGUGGUUGA